ACCUCCAUAGCACAAUCCCACACCCCAAUCCACAUCAGCAGACGCGAUUGACAAAGGUCGGACCAUAGUAAGCAUGCGCUCCACAACCCCCCUGCCAAAGCAUCUACUCUGCGCGGUGUUUACUUAAAAAAAGUUACACAGGCACACUGAACAAGGGAUCCCCAAUUGACGCGGGAGAGCCCCCCAAAGCGUGGCCACGAUGCCAUCACUUCAAGCUGGCUAUGCGCCAAACUUGGGCAUUUUUCUCAAGUCCCUCAAGACUGCCCCUUUGGAAUCAUCGAUUGAAAACCUGAUUUCGCUUCUCAAACGAAGGCAGAUCCGAAACUCUCGGCCAUGUGCAAUAGCAACUGCCCAUCUCUUGCUCCAAGUAGUGGCAAAGUUUAGGUGGACGGAUAUUGGGAACCUCCUUGAGCGGAUACAGGAGGUCGGCCAAAGGCUCGUAGAGGCGCAACCCAGGGAGAUGGUGGUGGGAAACAUUGUACGCCGAGUUCUAGGUAUGAUCAGGGAUGAAGCCAAGGAAGACCGAACCGAAGAUGCUAGCGAUUCUACGUCUACAAGCCAACUAGGCUCGCCUAGGCGUGAGCGCAGCGAGUCUGGAUCCUUCCGAACGGAGGGAGGAGCGACAUCCUCCAGCCCCCUUCGCUUUGUCUCGACGGACGCUUCGACUUUGAGCGAGGCAAGCGGAGAUGAUGUGUUUGGAGGGAGAUCACAACCCACAUCCCGGCCACCAUUAUUGACCUCCCAUACGUCUUAUGCCGUCUUAAAUGGUGUCCCAGUCCAGCAGUCUAUGUUCAACCUGCUUUCUGCUACCCCAACACCUUCUUCAACCCCUCCGCAUACUAGUUCUCCCCACGGAAAAUCCACAAUCAGCGCGAGUUCUCUAGCGCAGAGAAUAGUAAUUACUACAAGAGAUCUCAAAGCUGAGGUCAUAAGCGGGAUUGAGGAGAUUAUCGACGAGCUUGAUCAGGUUGAUGACCAGAUUGCAGCAUAUGCCCAGGAGCACAUCCAUUCAAACGAAGUCAUACUGAUCCACUCCUCGUCACUAAGUGUCCAGAAGUUCUUACUGAAGGCCGCCGAGAAAAGGAGAUUCACUGUCAUUGUUGCCGAGUCGUAUCCAAACGACCACGAAGCAACCCAUGCAGCAGUGACUGGGAAGGUUAGCCCAGAUGUCGAGGGCGACGAGAUGAGUACGGAAACGUUCUUGAAACCACUCUCCGCUGCCGGCAUCACCGUUAUCCUCAUGACCGAUGCAACUAUUUUUGCGAUUAUGUCGAGGGUCAACAAAGUCAUUUUGGCAACUCAUGCUGUAAUUGCAAACGGUGGAUUGAUAGCAGCUGCUGGCGCCCGAAUCAUUGCCAAGGCAGCGAAGGUGCAUAGAACACCUGUGAUCGUUGUUAGCGGGGUCUACAAACUGAGCCCAGAGUAUCCCUUUGAAUUUGAAUCAUUGAUAGAAUACGGAGACCCUGGGAACAUCAUAGGCUAUGGAGAAGGUGCUUUGGUUGAUCACCUGGAGGUUGAUAACCCGGUUUACGACUACGUACCUCCUGAUCUGGUUGACUUGUACAUCACCAAUCUCGGUGCACAUGCACCAUCGUACCUGUACAGGAUCGUUGCGGACCAUUACAAACCAGAAGAUAUCAACUUUCACAAGCCAGAACUGCAAUUUUGA